GGUGCUUAUCUUAUCAACCGGCCCAAUUCGGUGCCUCUAUCUAACAAUGAGGAAAGACAUCCAGUCAGUAUCAAAGAGUCAGUCAUUUGUAAUUUAUAUAGAAAAUCGAAGUCGUCCCAACUUUGAAAUAAGCAUACAAUUGCAAAAAUAAAUUUUAUUGUAUAAAAACGUACAAUUUUUCGAUAGUUAGAAUUCUAUUAACAAAGUUAAGCCACCACCCAACGGAUGUCACCAGCUAUCUAUCAAUCGACGUUAUCAGCGAAUGAAUUGCCCGGUUAUCAACUAUCGAGUGUGAUGUACUAAUUCCAAGCCAAAUACGCAACAAAUCGUCCGCUGAAAUUUAAUAUUUGUCUACGGAAAGUCAAUAUCCAAAAUGAUUCGACUUAUAUUUGGCUGCCUAGGGCGAAUAUUACAACUCCUUCGUAACAACAUCAAGCCUUUGAUACUGCUGACUUCCUUCGGCACAUUUAUCUGGUUGAUUGUGAGCACUACAAACCGGCCGGAAUUCACCCGUCAUUCACAGAGAACCGACGACAGUAGAUUGAACGACCUAGCGGAUAUCAAUCCUGAUCAGCGAUGGGACCAAAAUUCAGUGGAUAUCUUUCUUCGUUUGUUGGAUAUCGAAGGGAACCUUACGUCCUUGGUAGUUCAAAGUCAAGAUGAGAGUUGCCCAUUGAAGGAUGAAAUCAUCUUCAGUGCAUUCAGUGGUGAUUCAUUAGAGGAAAACCUCUGGCAGUAUUACACGUUGAUUGCUGUUCGCCAGAAGCUGGCCUUUUCCAGCGAUGGAGGAUUCGUUAUCGUCCCUUUCCUCCCGCUUAGUACAAAACAACGUUUGGAAAGUAUAUUCGAAGAGGUUCCAAUGGGCAUCAUCAGUGAGUUGCCGUUCGAUUGCUAUGACAUCGGUAACGCUGUAAUCAUCAACAGCUCCACUGAGAUUGUACGUCCCCAAAGCCGCGAUCAAAUACACAUUCUGGACAGUGGAGCUCGACGCUAUCGAGAUCUGGCGUUCACCGAUUGGGGCAGCGAAACCUCAUUAUUCUCGCUGCAAGCAUCUAACGUGGCUAGUGAACGCCUAACCAAACUCCGGGACCAAGGAGCGAAAAUCCGAUCGGACAACCAGUCUGGGGUGGAGUUCGUUGGAAUCUACAUCCAACGUGAUGAUUUCCUACCCUUUGACUACUUUUACCGGGCAAUCGCCUUCCAAAGAAAGCUGCAUUUCGCCAGGCUGAUUUUCGUGGUCAUCUGCGAAGAACCACAGAAUAAGCUGUGUAAACGGAUACACGCACCGGAAGAGGAGAUCUACGUCCAGCCAAUGAAAAUGAACGACCCGGGAUACGAUUUUGCACUGAUGUCGCUGUGCAACCAUACGAUCAUCUCCAACCACAUGGGAAUAUUUCACGCGCUGAACAACGGCGGUGACGUCGUGGUUUAUGAAUUUGAAGACAUGGAUGUGCGGAUUCGAUACAUGCCAUGGUUGUUAGCCAAUGAGAUGGACAGCUGGUACAUGUUAGGAUAGCUAUUCAAAUAAAUAAAUGUAAGGGUUCAUCCAUUUA